GAUUUGCAGUGGACGGGAAAUCGAAAGUGAAAUAAGGAAGCGGCUGCUAUCUACUGCGUCCAUUGAAAAGGUCUCCCCAGCACUGCUGAAGAGGAGCAUCACCCCAAUGGCCUCAGCCAUACCCUUGACAAUGAUGUGGGAGGAGGUCACGUGCUCUAUCUGCCUGGAUCCCAUGGUGGAGCCCGUGAGCAUUGAAUGUGGUCAUAGCUUCUGCCAGAAGUGCAUCUCUGAGGUCGGGAAAGACGGGGGCAGCGUCUGUCCUGUGUGCAGGCGGCACUUCCUGCUCCAGAACCUCCGGCCCAAUCGACAGGUAGCCAACAUGGUGGACAACCUUAGAAAGAUCAGCCAGGGUGCCAAGGAGGGCCCCCACGGGGAGCUGUGUGCGGUGCACAGAGAGAAACUUCACCUCUUCUGUGAGGAAGAUGGGAAGGCCCUUUGCUGGGUGUGUUCCCAGUCCCAGAAACACCGUGAUCAUCCCAUGGUCCCUAUUGAGGAGGCUGCUCAGGAGUACCAGGAGAAGCUUCAGGUGGCAUUAAAGAAACUAAGAGAUAAGCAGGAGUUGGCUGAGAAGCUGGAAUUGGACAUUGCAAUGAAGAAAGCAUCCUGGAAGGGGAAAGUUGAGGCGCACAAAUUGAGAAUUCAUGAAGAGUUUGUAAGGCAGAAAAACUUCCUGGCUGAAGAGGAGCAGAAGCAACUGCAGAAGCUAGAGGAGGAGGAGAGGCAACACCUGAGAACCCUGGGGGACACAGAGGCCAGGCUGGCCCAGCAGGUCCAGGCCUUGCAGGAGCUGAUCGCAGAGCUGGAGAGGAGGAGGCGGGGCUCGGCGCUGGAGCUGCUGCAGGAGGUGAAAAGUGUCCUGGAAAGGAGUGAAUCCUGGAACCUGAAGGAGCUGGAUGUCACCUCCACAGACCUGAGGAAUGUAUUCUAUGUGCCCGGGAUUAAGAAGAUGCUGAGGACGUGUGGAGUACACAUCACCCUGGAUCCACAGACAGCCAAUCCAUGGCUCAUCCUUUCGGAGAAUCGGAGACAAGUGAGGCUUACAAACACCCGGCAGGACGUGCCUGAAAAUGAGGAGAGAUUUGAUGCUUACCCCAUGGUACUGGGUGCCCAGCGCUUUAACUCCGGGAAAGUUUACUGGGAGGUAGAUGUGACGGGAAAGGAAGCCUGGGACCUGGGGGUUUGUAGAGACAAUGUGCAGAGGAAGGGGCAGUUUUCGCUCAACUCCGACAAUGGCUUCUGGAUUAUCUGGCUGUGGAACAAACAGAAAUAUGAGGCUGGCACCUGCCCCCAGACUCCCCUCCACCUUCAGGUGCCUCCAAGCCGAGUUGGGAUAUUCCUAGAUUAUGAGGCCAGCACUGUCUCUUUCUACAACAUCACUGACCACGGCUCCCUCAUCUACACCUUCUCCGAAUGUGCCUUUGCUGGACCUCUGAGGCCCUUCUUCAAUCCUGGUUUCAAUGAUAGAGGAACAAACUCAGCCCCUCUGAUCCUCUGUCCACUUAAGACAGGCUGGUAGGGAUCCAGAUGAUUCUGUCUGGACACAAGCAACCCCUCUGUUGGUUCCACUUCUUAGCCAGUGACCCUGUCUCAUGUGCACAUGAACUCCAAACCACCUUUGUCUCUGCAUAUGUGUCAGGAUGCCGCAGGCAAACUGGCACAAAGGUCACCCGCGGUCUAUGUCAAAUGACCUACAGCACCAGUAUUCCUGUCCUAUGUUGCUUUAUGAUUCCCUCCAUGAAAGAAACUACUUGCAUUUGGCCCCCAAACUCAUCUGGAUCAACUAAAGCAUGUUUCUACCUUCA